GAUAUGCCAAGGGGGGAACAAAAGGUCAUGUGUAUUUAUGUAAUAAGAAGAUUGCAUGGGUCCAUGAUAAAUCUUAUACAGACCUAAGACUGUGCUUCAGCCAGGUCGAUAUCUGGGUUACACUAUAAAGAUGUUGAAGUUACUGCUCACUUUGUUUUGUUUGUUUGCAGGCAGUGUGAAUGGUCAAGCUUCAGUAUGUUCCCAACCUUGCCCUGAGGAAUAUAAACCAUUAUGUGGGACAGACAUGAGAACAUAUGGUAACAGAUGUGAGAUAGAGGUAGCAAUUUGUAUGAGUAAACAACAAGGAAAAAAUCUGGCAAUAUUGGGAGAAACAGAGUGUUCAAAGUUGACCUUGACAUCAACAACAAAAGAACCAACCACAACCACUCCAGAACCAACCACCACCUCAAAACCAACUACAACUUCUGAACCUACAACCACUCCAGAACUAACCACAAAGACUAAACCUACAACCACCCUAGAAUCAACCACAACUCUUAAGACUACAUCAGCCAGCCCAGAAGCAACUACAACUUCCCCUGAACCAACCACCACCUCAAAACUAACUUCAACUUCUGAACCUACAACCACUCCAGAAGCAACCACAACACCUGAGCCUACAACAACUCCAGAACCAACAACAUCCACCGCAGAACCACCAAAAACCCCAUCACCAUCCACAACCACACCGAAAGCAACCCCAAAACCAACUAUGACCACCCUGAAACCAAAUACUUCUCUGAAGCCAUUUACAACCCCAAAGGCAAAAACAUCCAUUCUGGAAUUAACCACCACCCCUGAAUCAACAACCACCCCAUUACCAACACCAUCUACCCCAAAAGCAACACCAUCUGCCCCAGAGCCAACUCCAUCUACCCCCAAACCAACCCCAUCUGCUCCAAAGCCAACUCCAUCUAUUCUGCAACCAACUCCAUCUAUCCCACAACCAACGCCAUCUACUCAAAAACCUACCUUUAUACCAACUCCAUCAACAAUGGCACCAACUCCCUCGUCAAGAAAACCAACGACCUCAAAGAAGCCAACCACUACUCUUCAACCCAUAAAACCUACUCCCACAGCUGCAAAGCAGACGUGUGUCCACAAAGGAUGCCCUACACCAUAUAAGUAUGUGUGUGGAAACAAUGGAAGGACAUAUUAUUGUGAAAAUGGCCUAGACUAUUGGAAUUGUGUCAAUGGUAAGAGUGUCAAAUUGGUGUCAAGACGCAAAUGCAGUAGACUAAGCUCGGCAGUGAGUGCCUGUGUUUACAAAAGAUGCCCGUGGCCAUACAAAACCCUGUGUGCAAGUGAUGGUAUAACUUACAGGUGUCAAAAUUCCUUGGACUAUUGGAUGUGUGUUGAAAGAAUUGGUGCAACCAAGUUGUAUGAUGGAACUUGUAAAAAGCCUGCAACCCCAGCACAGUUCAAAGGAACAACAACUUCCAAACCAACCACCAAACCAAAACCAAAAUGUGUACACAAAGGCUGCUCUGAACCAUACAAAUAUGUGUGUGGAUCUGACAGAAAAACUUAUUACUGUCAGAAUGGUUUGGACUACUGGAACUGUGUGAAAGGAACCAAUGUCAAACGAAUCAAUAGGGGGCACUGCUACAAUAGCUUUUCACCUCAGAGCGCAUGUGUUCACAAUGGAUGCUCACGGCCUUAUCAAUAUGUGUGUGGAACUGAUAGGAGAGAUUAUUAUUUUGUUAAUGUAAGGGCCCAGGACAGCUGUGUUUCCAAGUUGUGUCCGGAGGAAUACAUUCCUGUUUGUGGCUCAGAUAGGAGAACAUAUGGCAAGUCUAUUGGUUACAAGUUUAUACAAUAUAGUUACUCACAAAGUUAA